CUCCAUCAACCAAAGGGCGCCGUUUUCUUGUUAUUUGUUGUGAGAACAAAGCUAUCUUCUUAGACUUGGUGACAAUGCGUGGCCACGAUGUACCAAAGCAGGAGCUUGACAACAAAUCACUUCUAUGGAGAUAUGUUGAUUGAUGGAUUUGAUGAAGGAGAAGGAGAAUGUCGCAAGCAUGGGGAGGUUAAGGUUUCCGGCUAUGGAGAUUUCUACAAGAAGAAAAAGCCAAAGUGAAGGAUGGUCUGUUUAUCAAUCCUUUCAUAAAAAGGAUCUACUCAUCAUGCCAACGAGUUUCUAUUGGUGGUAUAGGGGUAUGGCACAAGAUAUUGAACAUUUUUUUGUCAAGAGAUAUUGCUGUAGUAUCACAAUCCUUUCAAAAUACAAAUUUGCUGCACCUACUGUUGCUAUCUUAAAUAUUAACAUUUUCGUCAUGCUUGCUUGCUCCUUGAGCCGAGGGUCUAUUGGAAACAACCUGCCUACACAAGAUAGGGGUAGGUCUGCAUACACACUACCCUCCUCAGACCCCACUUGUCACUUGUGGGAUUACAUUGGUGCAGGAAGCAUAGGAAGAAGCUUCAAAGGUGAAUUUCUGCGCUGGCAGAGAUUUCCUAGGAUAUGUGAAGAUACACCAGUUUUGGCAAACCACUUUUCUGUAAGUUCUAUGAAGCAUGACUAUAUAAUGCUUUGCAUUUCACAAGUGCAUACUGUUUCCUUCAAUACUUCAGAUGAGCUACUUUUUAACAAGAAUUAUUUGAUGGAGGAGUUCAAAUACGACAUUGCUACAUUACAAGAAUAAAGCAUUCCAAUCUCUUUUUCAGUAUUAUUGUUAUUAUUCUAUUGUUAUCUUAUUCUCCAGAUUCAUUACUAUUGUUGUUCUUUUAC